UCCGUCACUCCAGCCAUCCCUCCGUCUAUCCGUCCGUCCGUCCGUCCGUCCAGUCGACCAGCAGCCUCCAGACUGCUGGGUUCUGAUGAGGUUCGGGUCCUAAGAAUCGUCCUGCUAUUGAUGCUGAGAUGGGCUUUGCUGACCUGCUGGAAGAGGUGGGCGGCUUUGGCAGGUACCAGUGGCUUCAUGUGACUCUGAUCAGUUUUCCUGGUCUGAUGAUGGCCAGUCAGAACCUACUGAACAACUUCAUCUCAGGAAUGCCCGCCCACCACUGCAGCCUGCCGACCAAUCACAGCCUUCACAACCUGUCGCUGUUCUACCAGGUGGAGGAGCAGCAGCUGCUCAGGGUGUUUAUUCCUCCAGAUUCUUCAGGAAGUCGUCUGGACCGCUGCAGGAGGUACGUGGAGCCUCAGUGGCAGCUCCUGGCCGCUAACAGCUCGGCUAACCUUAGCCAGCUGCCAACCGAAGGCUGUUUGGAUGGAUGGACCUUCGACCGCUCCGAGUUUCUGUCCACGACCAUCUCCGAGUGGGGUCUAGUCUGCUCCCUCCGUCCUCUCAAACAGAUGAUUCAGACCAUCUAUAUGGGCGGAGUUUUAACAGGUGCCAUCGUCUUCGGUGGCCUGUCAGACAGGUUUGGACGUAGGUCUGUCCUGAUCUGGUCGUACCUGCUGCUGGCCGUGCUGGGCUGUAGCUCCGCCCUCUCUCCAUCUUACUCCGCCUACUGCAUCUUCAGGUUUCUGAGUGGGAUGGCGGUUUCUGGAAUCAUCCUCAACGGCGUCUCACUGAAGGUGGAGUGGAUCCCAACCAAAUCCAGGACUAUAGUGGGCACGCUCACCUCCUUCUUCUUCACCUUUGGUCAGAUGAUCCUGGCGGGGCUUGCCUAUUGGCUGAGAGACUGGAGGAAGCUGCAGGUGGUCGUCUGCGCCCCUCAGUUCCUGUUCUUCACCUACAGCUGGUGGUACUCAGAGUCGGCUCGUUGGUUGGUUCUGAACCGUCGGUCAGAGGAGGCCUUAAAGACUCUACACCGAGUUGCUCGAAUAAACGGAAAACCAGAAAUGGUCAACAAACUAACGAUGGAGGUGCUCCACUCUCACAUGAGUAAAGAGAUCGAGUCGAGUCAUUCAUCGUUCACAGCAUUCGACCUGUUGAAGACCAGAGGGAUGAGACGCAUCUCCAUCUGUCUGAUCGCCGUGUGGUUCUCCACUAGUUUUGCCUACUAUGGUUUGGCGAUGGACUUGCAGAAAUUCGGGGUGAGUAUUUACCUGAUGCAGAUCAUCUUUGGAGCUGUAGAUUUUCCUGCCAAACUCUUUGCUCUGGCCACGCUCAGCUUCCUGGGGAGGCGGGUCUCCCAGGCGGGCUGCCUCUUUCUGUCCGCCGCCAUCAUCUUCGCCAACAUCUUCGUCCCAUCAGACAUGCAGACUGUCAGGACGGUCCUGGCCUGCCUGGGUAAAGCCUUCACGUCGGCCUCCUUCACCACCGUCUACCUGUACACCGGAGAACUCUACCCCACCAUCAUCAGGCAGACGGGAAUGGGCUUCGUGUCCACCUUUUCGAGAGUCGGCAGCAUGGCGGCCCCCGCUGUUCUGAUCCUGGAUGAGGUACUCCCUGCUCUGCCCAGUCUGGUGUAUGGAGGCGCAGCGGUGCUCGCCGGCUGCUUCGCCUGCUUCCUGCCCGAGACUCUCAAUAUGCCACUACCUGACACCAUCGAGGACGUGGAGGAGAAAUGGUCUGGGAGAAGCUCUGCCUCUGGACAAAAAGAGGGCGUGUCCCUAAAGAAGGGCAUGGUCUGCACUGAUGGACUGAUGCCAGACGAGGGCGUGGCUUUGAAAGAGCUAAAGGAAACAGAAGGGAGUGGCCUCAAUGCCCUCUGAACAAUCAGAUUACACCGCAUCAUGUCAGAACAAAUGGUAACUGAAGAGAAGCUUGACCAAUCAGACAGUGGGAGUCAUUAGGUUUUAAACAGUUCAGUGAAAAGUUUUGCUUAUCUGUUGCAGAAAAUAAGUAAUCAAUAAAUGCAGGUGUUAGAUGAUGGAUUGAUCAGGAAGCUCCUGUUUUUAAUGAGUAAUCAAUAAUCAAUAAAGCGGCUGAAUGUGAUUGUAACAUCAGAGAACUGUUCUGAUCUUUAGCUAUUUUAUAUGAAGUGUCACAAUAUGAGAACAAAGACUGUGGUCAUUAAUAAAGACAUUGAUUCAUUCUGA